CUGGCGUGCGAGGGGAAAGGCUGCGGCGGAGGGACUGGGAGGCGAAAGGCGCCCUCUGUAGUGGCCCGCUAAGUAGUCACGGUAGCGCCCUGGCUCGUAAAUCUGCUUUAUUCGUCUCGGGUUCAUUUGCUCCAUGUAACGGAGCAAUACCAGAAUGAUCCAAGUUUUGGACCCAAGGCCUCUGUCCAGUUCCAUCAUGCCUGUAGAUGUGGCCAUGAGAAUCUGUCUAGCUCGUUCUCCACCUGUGAAAAGUUUUCUCAAUCCCCUUGAUGAAUAUCGGAGAAGAAACUUUGUGGACCGAUUUAAGCCUCUUAGACCAUGCCUCCACGUGAAACGUGAGACCGAGUCUCAGAGCAAUGACUGGAAACGCUCCGCUGGCCGAACCAAAAAGAGAGUGGUCUUCGCAGAUUCUAAAGGCCUCUCUCUGACUGCAAUCCAUGUCUUCUCUGAAUUCCAGGAGAACCCAGCAUGGGAUCUUCAGUUUGAUAUGUUACAUCUUGAAGACAUAACAGCUGGCUUAAAACUGCACGAGGAGAAGAACUUGAUUCUGGGUUUCACUCAGCCAUCAGCUGAUUACUUAGACUUCCGGAACCGCUUGCAGAAGAAUUUUGUCUGUCUAGAGAACUGCACCCUCCAAGAAAGAGCUGUGUCGGGGACUGUGAAAGUGAAAAAUGUGAAUUUUGAGAAAAAGGUGCAGGUCCGGAUCACCUACAACUCAUGGAAGACUUAUUCCGACAUCGAUUGCAUCUACAUGAACAAUGUGUAUGGAGACUCUGACAACGAUACCUUUUCUUUUGCUCUUGACUUGCCUCCAGCCGUUCCAACGGAAGAGAAGAUUGAAUUUUGCAUCUAUUACCAAAGUGGAGAGCGUGACUUCUGGGACAAUAAUGAUGGGCAGAACUACAAGAUUGUCCGUGCAGAAUGGAAGUCUGAUGGUGUCCAAGCACCAGCGUCGCCCAAGAAAGACUGUGUGAUGCUCAGGUCCUCAAGAAAGGUGCAUGAAACAGGCUGUGAGCAGCUCGGCAGCCCCCGGAUAUCUAAUGGCCUUUUCCCUGAAUGGCAAAGCUGGGGCAGGGUGGGAAACUCUUCUCCAUAUUGGUGAAGGAAAUAAGCUACAGAGUUAUCUCCUGUCAGCAGCGGAGCAUUAACUGAUCUCCUAAAAGGAUUUGCUGACUGCUUAAAAAACAAACCUGACUUGUUACAGCUUCAAAAGAAAAUCUAGCUCCGUCAUGGACUUAAGAGAGAAUUCGGAUUUAGUGACACUGUCUUCUCAUAUAGGAAGGGACUGGAUUGUCCAUAUAUAUGACUUUUUUUGACUGUCACUUGCCUGAACGAGAGAGGCUUGUUAGGAAGUAACAUGAUGUGUGUGGUGGCUUUGUUGUAAGGUAUGAUUGUGUGAGGGGGAGAGAUGUUGAGUACAGAGCCACAAAAAAAAAAUUGUGCCUGUUAUAUCAGAUGUAGCGCAGACUGUGAGAGAUGCUGGACUCCCAAACCUGAGGCCUAAAAUCAAGGCUGGGCAAAUCUUGAUAGGAACACAAUCCAUAGUUUUAGGAUUGUGGGACAGGAGUAUCUCUCUUUCAUUGGGACUAAAGUGAGGGGAAAGAAGGGGAAGACAUGUGAUGGCACUGUAUUACAGGGAAUGGUAAAGGUUUUUGAGUGGAGGAUCUGGUGUCUAAAAUGCCAUGGAAAACUCUUCAGGGAUCUGGAAGAAGCAAGAAGAAAUGCCAGUGAAGAACUGCAGUCCUUCUAAUCCAAAUACUUCUCACAAAGAUGCGGGAGUGGAAAAGGGUUGCCGGCUGCAUGAGAGGCAAAACUUUGAUGGGUGUGGCUUUCCCCGUAUAUGGACAGGCUACACAUGUUCCAUUUGGGGAGGGGAAAGAAGGCCAGAGGCAACAUAGGUUGGGAAUGAUGCUGAGGGACUAGGCCUCUCAGUAGUUGUAUUCGUGGCUGUAGAAAUCCAUCUUGCAAGACAAUGGUUUUCAUGAACACUUGUGAAACCACAAUUCACAGGCAGGACAGACAGGCUAUGCCUUAAAGAAAAUACCAUAGUUGUCCCAAGAUUACACAAAGAAUUUAGUUUAACAGACAAACUGCCUCUUGUAAAAUGCCUUAACCUGUAGAUAUUGUUGGCUAGUCUAUUGAUUUUUGCCUUGUAAAAGUUUCUCUACUUUCCUGUUAUCUUGCUCACUAUUGCAGAGGUUUUUAGUAAUACUUGCUCUUCUACAACUAGCUCUGCACAGCUGUGAAAUAAACCUAAGCAAAUAAAAGUCCUUCAUAUUGAAGGGGUGAUAAUGUAGCUGUACUUUUCAAGCUAAUCAGUUUAAAACGACAGUAUGCACCUUGCACAUAAAUAGAAAUAGGGUUUUUAAAAAUUCAGGCCCAUACCUCAUUAUUUCCUCCAUAGUUUUUACAGAUGCAGAAAGCUUUGUGUGUGACUUCAUAAUAGUAUUAAUCCGUCCCCCAAAGAUCACAUUUGUAAAUAAUAGCACAAGACUGUAACUUUGGACACCGAUUGUAUUGGACAAAACAAAAUGGGAGUGCACACGGAUCCCUAUGUUCUCUUAACCUGUUUUGUAGUGGUGGUGUUUGUCUAUGGAAAAUGUAAAUCACAGUGUUUGCAAUGCCAAUACUUAGAUGGGAUUUGCAUUGUAAAAAAGGGAAAAGCCUCUUCCACCUGUUUUUUUCUACUGUAUCUCACUACUGUGUGCAUUCAUUAUUUU